AUAACUAUCUUCCAUAAUCACAAUCCCAUGUUCCAUUUAUGGUUGUUCUACUAAUUCUUAACUACAAGUUUUGAAUUUUAACAAAAAAAAAAAAAAGCCAUACAGCUCCAUAACUAUAACUAUCUAUUCCUUUGUACGUAUGUAUGUUCACUUCCCUUUUAUUUUGUUUCAAUGGGAAUCUACAUCUGUUUUAUUUUUCUCUUUCUCCAAACUUUCUCAACUAAUCUCAUUUACUUCAUUCAGUACUACUACUACUACCGUUUCAUUUAAUGCUAGAAUUUAAAGACCAGCUCCUUUCUUUGCAGAAAUUAGUUGGGAAGCUUUUCAUCCCAACCCCCUACCCCCACCACCCCUCUUUGUAUUUUUCCUUUUGAGUCUAUACCCACUGUUAAGUUUUUGGGCUAUAGUGGUUUCAUUGACUGUCCUUUUGCUACUAAUCUUAAAUAUAGUCUUUUCUUUUGUAUGCAUUUAUUGUGUUUGCCAGAUCACAAGGAGAAAAUUUAGAUGGUGAAAUUCAAGAAACAGUCUAGCACUUAGUUAUUGCUACUGAAUUCUACUUCAACUACUACUAUUAUUUUCCUCCCUAUAAAUUCCCUCAUAUAUCUCUUCUACUUUCACUAAGUAGUACUAUACUGACCAUUCUCAAACUGCUUACAAAUAUAAUAUGGACAUUGCUAUAGCUUUGUUCUUGUUUACUGCCAUAACAUGUUAUCUACUAUGGUUCACUUUCAUUUCAAGAUCCCUCAAGGGCCCAAGGGUCUGGCCUUUAUUAGGCAGUUUGCCCGGCUUGAUCGAGAACUCUGAACGUAUGCAUGACUGGAUUGUGGACAACCUCCGCGCGUGUGGUGGCACGUACCAGACAUGCAUAUGUGCUAUCCCUUUCUUGGCCCGGAAGCAAGGUCUCGUGACCGUCACGUGUGACCCGAAGAAUCUGGAGCAUAUUCUCAGGACCCGAUUCGAGAACUACCCGAAAGGUCCGACUUGGCAAGCUGUUUUCCAUGAGCUGCUUGGUCAAGGGAUAUUCAACUCUGAUGGUGACACGUGGCUUUUUCAGAGGAAGACUGCGGCUCUCGAGUUCACGACUCGGACCCUGAGGCAAGCCAUGGCCCGAUGGGUUAAUCGGGCCAUUCAGCUUAGGUUUUGUCCGAUUCUUAAAACGGCUCAGCUCGAAGCCAAGCCGGUUGAUUUGCAAGAUCUUUUGCUUCGGCUUACUUUUGAUAACAUUUGCGGCUUGGCUUUCGGCAAGGACCCACACACAUUGGCACCCGGCUUGCCCGAUAAUACAUUUGCGUUGGCUUUUGACCGAGCCACAGAGGCAUCGCUGCAGCGGUUUAUUUUACCGGAAGUUAUAUGGAAGAUGAAAAAAUGGCUUGGGCUUGGAAUGGAAGUCAGCUUGAGCCGAAGCCUUGUACAGCUGGACAAAUACAUGUCUGAUGUCAUCAGUACACGUAAGCUCGAGUUGAUGAGUCAGCAUAAAGAUGGUAACCCACAUGAUGACUUGUUAUCAAGGUUUAUGAAGAAAAAAGAAUCCUAUACUGACAAGUUCUUGCAACACGUGGCACUCAACUUCAUCCUAGCUGGACGUGACACGUCAUCCGUUGCGUUGAGUUGGUUUUUCUGGUUGGUCAUCCAGAAUCCAGUAGUUGAACAAAAAAUCUUACAGGAAAUAUCCACGGUCUUGGUGGAGACACGUGGCAGUGACACGUCAUCAUGGCUCGACGAGCCGUUGGCGUUCGAAGAAGUUGAUCGGCUAACCUACUUGAAAGCUGCAUUGUCGGAAACACUCCGGCUCUAUCCCUCGGUGCCGGAGGACUCAAAGCAUGUGGUGGUUGACGAUGUGUUGCCAGACGGGACAUUUGUUCCAGCGGGUUCGUCAAUAACAUAUUCGAUAUAUUCAGCUGGAAGAAUGAAGACUACAUGGGGAGAAGAUUGUUUAGAAUUCAAGCCAGAAAGAUGGCUAACUAAAGAUGGCCAAAAGUUUGUAAUGCAUGAACAGUACAAGUUUGUGGCAUUUAAUGCUGGUCCAAGGAUAUGUCUAGGGAAAGACUUGGCAUAUUUGCAAAUGAAGUCGGUGGCGGCGGCAGUACUGCUCCGCCAUCGGCUCACGGUUGCUCCUGGCCACAAGGUGGAGCAGAAAAUGUCCUUGACUUUGUUCAUGAAAGACGGACUUAAAGUGGAUCUUCGUCCAAGAGACCUCACACCAUUCGUGAAUAGUGUAAAGAAGGAAAGAGAGGUGCAAGUAGGCCAAAAAUUGGAACGGGACAAAGAUGAAUGUUCAUAAUUAUGGGUAGAGGGGUGGGGGUUGUUGAGGUGGAUUAAAGAAUGGUGUCGGCAAAUAUUGAUUGCAAAGAAGUACUAUAGUUGGAUUUGGAUGAGCUUAAUAUGGUGGUUAAAUUCUCACAUGAAUAAUCAAUUAUGGCUGCUCUAUGUCACAAAGGAGAAGUGGAGUUGGCAUGAUAUUCAUGAUUUUAAGGUACAUCACAUUAUUCAUUGUGGGAGAAAACUUUUUUGGGUGGUAGAUGGGACAAUUGGAAAUGAUUUUGAGAUUGAAGAGGAGGCAGAUUUCUCAAUAAUGUUAUUACUAGUAAUAAGUUGUACAAGUACUAGCUAGCACUUUUUUCCUUUUCUACUUUUAAUUAUUUUAGUGUCGUAAAACUGAAUUAUUUGUUCUUUUAACUUCGUUUGGUUGAUCAACCUGAAUUCUUUGUAUUUCUACCUUUUCACACUUUAUUGGUAUGUUAAUUCUUUUGUUUCUUUAUAAGAUUUUUAAAUAAUGAUAUUUGUUUUAUGUA